AUGGCCCCAAAGCAGAAAAUCAGAAUUAAGCUUAGAUCAUACUGGGUGCCCCUAAUAGAGGACUCCUGCAAGCAGAUAUUGGAUGCUGCAGGGACUACAAAUGCAAAAACCAUGGGUCCUGUUCCAUUACCAACCAAGAAGCGAAUCUAUUGCGUUCUCAAAUCACCACAUGUGCACAAGGAUGCAAGAUUCCAUUUUGAGAUCCGUACAGACCAGCGCCUCAUUGAUAUUCUUUUCCCAACUGCACAAACAAUUGAUUCCUUGAUGCAACCUGAUCUUCCUGCUGGUGUUGAUGUAGAGUUCAAGCUCUGAAGAAACAGUGCUGCGGCUUAGAUAAAUUUCUUGAAUUUCCAAAUUAUGAGGUUAACUAUGAUUUGUAGAUUGCUAUUUGGGGGAAAAAAGUAGAGAAGAAGACUGUGAUAGAUGAUAUUUCUUUUCCUAGUUUGAUUAUUACUCCAACUUUCAUCUUCAUUAAGUAAAGCCAUCAUUCCCAAUUUUUUUUGCAAAAAAUUGUUGAACUUCCUAUGCAUUAAAGAUAAAGAGUAUUAAGGAUGUUUGGAUUGCUUA